CACUUACUAUCAACCGCGUUUAGUGUUGACAAGUCCUUCAUUUACAAAACAUCUUCAGGAGUGAUUCUUACAGUUUCAGAAUCAUGAGGUAAUCCUGAAAUGGAGAGAGGUUUAGUGAACAUCCUGUUGGCUGGCCUAUGUGCCAACUACCCCCCUGAUCGCUUCAACAUCACCACCACCACCACUCCUUACCCAACUGUGACUCAAUCAUCCAGAGAUAUAUUUAAAUGCACGCUAAAAAGUGAUGACCAGCUUCGUAAAGAACUCCUUUUGGGCAAAAGACUUAAAAUUGCUACAUUACAGAGGGAUCUACCAUUGUCAGGAGUGUCCAUGAAUGGCACUGAAUUGAAGUUGGAGGGAAUAGCAGCAGAGAUGGUGGAAGUGCUGAAGGAAAAGUUUGGGUUCAGUUACCAAGUAGUGACUCCCCAGAGAAAUAUUCUUGGUAAUGAGCAUGAAGGAAUAUUCAGCAUGCUUUACAAAGGAGAAGUGGACAUGGCGGCUGCCUUCCUGCCAGUGGUGCCUGGCAGUCAUCGGAUGGUUCUGUGGGGAGUGGACAUGAUACAAAAUGAUUACUAUGUUUUAAUGAAACGACCCAAAGAGUCAGCCACUGGUUCUGGUCUAUUGGCACCCUUUGACACUGAGGUGUGGCUUCUGAUACUCCUCUCUCUAGUGGUAGUUGGUCCGGUCAUGUACCUGGUGAUGUACUUGAGAGUCCGUAUAUGUGACAAUAAUACUAUCAAGGUAUACCCUCUCUCAGCUUGCGUAUGGUUUGUCUACGGAGCACUCAUGAAGCAAGGAUCCACUCUCAGCCCAGUCACUGAUUCAACUCGCCUACUCUUUGCCACCUGGUGGAUUUUCAUAAUGAUCUUGACUGCCUUCUACACUGCUAAUCUGACGGCUUUCCUCACUCUGUCUCGCUUCACUCUGCCGAUAGAGAAUGUGGACGACAUUGCACGCACAGGUCGACAGUGGUUUGCUGCCGAGGGAGGACCCAUAGAGUACGCUGUUAUGAAUACAGAGGAUGAUGGUGAUCUGAAUGUGCUGAAGCGAUCUGUCUCUCGUAAUUUAGGCCAUUUUAUCAACACUGCUGACGAGGUGAAAGUGAAGCAAUAUGUUGCAGAAGAUUGGUUAUACCUGGAGGAGAACCGCAGACUUAAGUUGUUUCUGCUCAAAGACUACAUGACCAAAACUCUCAAGGGCACAGAAGAGAAAGACAGAUGUACCUACGUGUUGACUCAAGGCUCAUACCUCUCACGGAACUUGGCCUUCGCCUAUCCCAAGACUAGUAUCUUGCCUUCUCUUUUUGAUCCUGUACUGCUAGCUUUUGUGGAGUCUGGGAUCAUUCAGCACAGAGUGCAAGAGCUGCUGCCCGAGGCGACAAUAUGUCCACUCAACUUAGGCAGUAAGGAGCGGCAACUGCGUAACUCUGACCUGUGGACUACUUACAUUGUUGUGGUGUCUGGCUUUUCUACUGCUCUCACUGUGUUCUUCGCUGAGCUCGUGUGGCGUCGCUGCUUUGCCCCACACCACCCUCAACACUCCUGGCCUCUGGACAUCACUUUGGAGAACAAUCCCUCAUCCAAGUUUGCUGGAGACAAGUCAAAACAAGAUUCUAAAGUUAACAUCAAUGGUCGAGAGUACUUUAUAGUAAUUUCAAAAGAUGGUGAGAAAAGAUUCAUACCCAUCAGAACCCCAUCUGCUUUUCUGUUUCAAUAUGCUCCUAAAUGAAGCAGAGACUUACAGAAUAUUUCCAAGUGGAGUAAAAAUAAAGCAUUUUCUGUGUGA